GCGCUCUCGCUCCGUCGCUGUGGAGAACUUUAAUAAUGAAGUAGACCACGGAGUGCGCGUGUACUCGAGUUAACUUCAGGGGCGUAAAUUAACCGAAAACAUUAACUCGUGGUAUCUGCACGGCCGAGGCAAGGAAGCGCUCCACGGGGUUUGGGUUAUAGCGUCGGUCUGUUGGAGCGUUCCGCUCCGUUGCGAACAGUGAAGCUCUCAUGAACUUAGGUAGGACUUCACCGUCAGCCUCACUGACAGCGCGUGCACUGUCUGGCGCGAGCUGUUCCUCGCGCCACAAUCAGCUCGAGCACUUGAAUAUUUUUGGAUGAGCAUGUCAACACAGCGAAUGCAGCGACGCGCACGUACCUUCUAAAGAGUUUGGAAAUCUUAGGACUGCAUAACUCCUAAAAGUGUCUGGACUGUACUUGGGAAAACUGGAAGUUCAACUGAUGGAGAAUUCACAGGAGCUGAAUGACCAGAUUCUGAAGAAAUCUACCGCUGAUUCGCACGCUCCAGACCCAGUAGACCACAGGGCCUUGGAGAUGCAGGAACUAACAGAUCCACAGCACUCCGUGAACAGUGGCACCGACUGCACCUCCAAACUGGAUAAGAGCAUCCUCAGCAACCACAUCACAACCAAUGGAACAGGAGGAGAGAACUUGACUAUUCUAAACACAGCUGAUUGGCUGCUGGGCUGCAGUACUCCGCCCACUGCCCCAAGUAUGAAGAACGAUGUUAAAUCUGAGCCCCUGAACAGCAGCGAGGCUGUGAGCUCAGCGGGAGACACUGUGCUGGACUCUUACACUGGGUCAGUUAUAAGCAGCAGUGGAUUCAGCCCUCGGCCGGCUCACCAGUAUUCACCUCCUCUCUACCCCUCAAAGCCUUACCCUCACAUCCUGUCCACUCCCGUGGCUCCUCCCAUGUCGGCCUACACCGGUCAAUCACAGUUCAGUAGCAUGCAGCAGUCGACAGUUUACACGCCGUACUCUCAAACUACUCCGCCUUACAGCCUCUCCACCUAUGAUUUGGGGGUGAUGUUGCCAGGCAUAAAGACAGAGACACAGUCAGCCCUCCAAUCAGGGCUCAGCUAUAGCCCUGGAUUUACCACCCCUCAGCCGGGACAGACUGCCUACUCACCCUAUCAGAUGCCUGCAGGGUCUGGUUUCACAACCUCUCCUGGUCUCUACACAUCCAACAACUCCAACCCCGGCAACUUCACCACACAACAGCAGGAAUAUCCCUCCUACACAGCAUUUGGCCAGAAUCAAUAUGCUCAGUAUUACUCCACAUCCUCCUACGGUUCCUACAUGACAUCUAACAGCUCAUUGGAUGGCACAAGUUCAGUCUCCACCUAUCAGCUGCAAGACUCCACCCCCAUUAUGACAGGGCAAGACCUGAAUCCAGGUGAGUUCGAGGCGGGACAGAGCCCGUCUACGCCUGUUAAAGAGAUGGAAGACAGGGCGUGUCGAGGGGGUGCGGCUAAAGCGAGAGGGCGGGGCAGAAAGAACAACCCCUCGCCACCACCUGACAGUGAUCUUGAGAGGGUGUUUGUUUGGGAUCUGGAUGAGACGAUCAUUGUGUUUCACUCGCUCCUCACAGGCUCUUAUGCACAGAAAUACGGCAAGGACCCUCCUAUGGCUGUGACCCUCGGUUUGAGAAUGGAGGAGAUGAUAUUUAAUCUCGCUGAUACUCAUUUAUUUUUUAAUGAUUUAGAGGAAUGUGACCAGGUGCACAUUGAUGACGCCUCAUCUGAUGAUAAUGGCCAGGAUCUUAGUACUUACAGUUUUGCCACUGAUGGCUUCCAUGCAGCUGCAACAAGUGCAAGUCUGUGCCUAGCAACAGGAGUUAGGGGCGGAGUCGACUGGAUGAGGAAGUUAGCCUUCCGAUACAGAAGAGUGAAGGAGAUGUACUGCACAUACAAAAACAAUGUUGGCGGGUUGCUGGGGCCGGCUAAGAGGGAGGCGUGGCUUCAGCUACGAGCGGAGGUGGAGGCUCUCACAGACUCCUGGCUAACCACUGCGCUCAAGUCCCUGUCGAUCAUCAGCUCCAGGAGUAACUGCGUUAACGUCUUGGUGACAACGACACAGUUAAUACCCGCAUUUGCUAAAGUGUUGUUGUAUAGCCUGGGCUCUGUCUUUCCUGUUGAAAACAUUUACAGCGCAACCAAAAUAGGUAAAGAGAGCUGUUUUGAACGUAUAGUAUCCAGGUUUGGCACUAACGUUACGUAUGUUGUGAUUGGCGAUGGGCGAGAUGAGGAGCAUGCAGCCAGCCAGCACAACAUGCCCUUCUGGAGAAUAUCAAGCCACUCUGACCUGCUUGCCCUCCACCAAGCACUGGAGUUUGAGUACCUGUAACACUCAACACCUGUAUCAUAGGCCCUUUUUUGUACAACUAUUUAAGAAUAAGAGUACACUGCAGUCUCUUUUUAAGCUGUCGUUGUUGUUGUCUUUUUAUUUUUGAGAGAACUCUGGCUUUUGAGAUAAUUCUGCACUGUCUUAAGACGACUAGGACAGACUGGGAAAAUGGAAUUGUAAUGGUCAAACCAGGCUUGUAAAGAGCUAACUAAGGUCUUACGUCACACACUGCAUUUCAUGUCUGAAUGAGGGGAGUGGAGUAUGCAUUUUGUUCAGGUGAACAGAAUACUUUCGACUGCAAACAGCAUAUACACUCACUCUUCUGCAGGAACAUUUUAUUUGUCUAUACGAUAGACUUCGUCUUCAUCUCCACAAAUGAAGCCCUGUACUCGAAACAAGGAUCAUUUAGAUUAGAUUCAUAACUCAUGUAAAUUAUUUUACAACUAGCUUAAACACUUAAUGCUGUGUGUUUUCACAUGGCAUUGUUUUGAUUGUCUUUUUUGUAAUUUUUGGGCAAAAAGAGUCUGUAUAAUUUGUUGUGCCUUAUAAAGUUGUGUGUCAGUUUUUAUUUUGAGAAUAUAGAUAAAAAUGUAAACUUGA